GAACAAAUAUGGAUAAGAUGAUAAAUAGUGGUUCAUAAGAGUGAAGUACAGGGAUAGUGUUUUAUUGGUCAUCAGUGGAUGGCAUCUUGCAUCCCAAACUCACCAUCAUUUCAGGGGUGGAAGACAAGUCCACAUUGCUUAUUCGGUUGGAACAUAGGCAAGAACAGAGUUAGUGACAAACCUCAAAUUAAGUACCAUGAUAUUGAUCUUACUUUCUCAUCUUCUCUGGUUGAUAAAACAUUUUUGAAAGGGAAGGAGCUCAAGUGCUGCUAUAGGGCUACAAUUGAUGGAUUCAGUGCAACAAAUUUCCAUGAAUGUUGUGACUUCAAGGGUCCAUGUGUGAUAAUUGGCUACACAGACAAGUCUUUCAAGUUUGGUGCAUUUAACCCUGAAGGCUAUAGAAGCACAGAUGACUACUACGACACAUUCGAUGCCUUUCUAUUUUAUUGGAUAGAAAAUGAAACUAAACCCAUCAUUUUGCCCAAGGUUGGAGGAAGUGGUGCAGCCCUGUUUGAUUAUGCACGUGGGGGCCCACAAUUUGGGGCAGAUGGGCUCCUCAUUGGGCCCCCAUUAGCCCCAGUUAUGGGUGGCUUUGCUGGGCCUGAUACCAAUUCUGGCAUUGGUGACCUAAGGCAAGCUAAGUCUAGAUUGGGACUGUCUUACGCCAAGAGAGAGGAUGGCAAGGAGUCUAUUUUUGGUGAUGAGUCAAGGGCUACCCUUCAAGAAGUGGAAGUCUUUUGCAGUCCUAAAAUUGCAAGCUUAUAUUAGAAUUGCACAACGGGGAUAAGGAAUACUUUGUAAUACCUUGUUGCCUAAAAUAUGCAUAAAAUAUAAGCUAAGUCUAAAAUAUGCAUAAAUGUAAUACUACUACUCCUACCUUGUUGCCUUUCAUAGUUUCAUGAGUGCUGUCCACGUCUAUAAUGAGUCAAUGUUUAUAUUGUAAUAUUUUAUGCAUGAAUAGCCACUUAGGGUUUAGGCCUUUGAUCUCAUCUUCCACUAGAAAGAUUCACCAAGAGAUAUAUAAAGUGCCAAUAGCUAUAUAAAUUAACUCCCAUUGAGGAUGCUUUUCACUCA